AUGAGCACAUCAGUACCGAAUGCGACAGAUAAUUUCGGUGGGAUGCCACCGAAAAGUUGCACUGUUUUCGGUCGGAUUUCACCGAAACAAAAUCAAGGUGACGCCCCUACUGAAGGCAACAAUGUGGGAACAGAAUGUGUAAUGGACUAUAGUGAUCAAUUCACAACUUAUUUGAUAUUCAAUGGUAGAGAUGCAUUACUUCGAUGGGCUCGUGAACAAGGAAAAUUGAAUAAUAUUGUCAUUGUAAUUAAAAGGUAUGAUUAUGGAGGUGAGGGCAAGAGGAGACCUCGUGUAAUACUUGCUUGUGAGAGAAACGGUAACUAUAAGUCUUGCAAGUCUCGUGAGACAACUGAUAUAAGGUCGAAUGCAAAUAGUAAUAUAAAAAAAUGUGCUAGGGACACUGGUACCAAGAAAUGUGGAUGCCCAUUCUUGUUAAAAGGUGUCCAUAUUGGUGAUGUGGAUGAUUGGAAGUUGGAGGUGGUUUGUGGAGUACACAACCAUCCUAUUUCAGAGUAUCUUCAAGGUCAUUCAUUUGUGGGGCGACUUACUGAAGAGGAGAAUGCCUUGUUGGUGGACAUGUCUAAGAGUUUGGUGAAACCCAUAGAUAUUUUGGUCACCAUUAAAAAUAGAGAUGCAAUGAAUGUUUCAACUAUGAAGACAAUAUACAAUGCUAGGAUCCGAAAUAGAACCAAAGAAUUUGUUGGGAGAACCCAAAUGCAACAAUUGCUUACUAAGUUAUCCGAACACAAUUAUAUUGAGUGGCAUAGGACAUCUGGUGAUAUUGUAACUGACCUGUUUUGGACACACCCCAUUAAUAUUGAUAUUUUGCGCGCAUUUCCACAUGUACUUAUCAUGGAUUGCACCUAUAAGACUAAUAGGUAUCGUUUCCCACUAUUGCAAAUUGUGGGGGUGACAUCUACUAAUAUGACAUUCUCUGUUGCGUAUGUGUAUAUGAAUGCCGAGAAGGAAGACAAUUACACAUGGGCAUUGACUGCGUUGAGGAGUUUGUUGGAUGAUAAUUGUCUUCCUAGUGUUAUUGUCACCGAUCGAGAGUUAGCACUCAUGAAUUCUAUUACGUCUAUAUUUUCGAAAGCACGACAUUUAUUAUGUAGAUGA